AUGUCGUCGGAUUUUUGGGCGGGCUACCUUAGUGGAGCUAUUGGAAUCAUUAUCGGUAACCCUCUCGAUGUUGUCAAGGUUCGGUUACAGGCCAGCCUGGGUGGUGCAGGUCCAGCAACAUCAACACGGACAUUGAACCAGUUCGAAAAUGCCAGCUCUCUUGUGCGAGGUGCGGCUGCUCCUAUACUCGGUUAUGGAGCGCUGAAUGCGCUUCUCUUUGUUGCGUACAACCGCUCGUUGAUGUUUAUGGAUAGCUCGAUCAGAGAUCCCACAAACCCAACAGGAGUGUCGCUGUCCAAGAUCUGGAUUGCCGGUGCUGCAGGUGGAGUAGCCAGCUGGACUGUCUCAUCUCCCACAGAGCUCAUAAAAUGCCGAGCGCAACUGGACACUCGCCCCGGGAUCUCCUCGUGGACAGUCGCCAAGGACAUCCUUCGGACUCGGGGGUUAACGGGUCUCUACUUCGGAGGAGUGAUCACUUGUGCCAGGGACGCUAUUGGCUAUGGAUUUUAUUUCUGGUCUUACGAGUACUGCAAACGACUGAUAGCCUCCGAUAACGAUGAUGCGCAUCAGACUGCCCUGAAAGUCCUCCUCUGUGGAGGCAUUGCUGGGGUGGCCACGUGGGCUUCUGUUUACCCAUUGGAUAUGGUCAAGACCAGACUGCAAGCGCAAGCCAUUGCAGCGGCUCCUGACCGUCAACCAUUGAUACACUCUCAGGGCAACACUCGCUUGUUGAAUUCUUACCAAAUAGCCAAAGAGGCUUAUAACUCGGAAGGAUUAAAAGCCUUCUAUCGAGGCUUGGGCGUUUGUAGUCUAAGGGCUUUCAUAGUGAACGCCGUCCAGACCAAGAUGAAGUGGGCCUAA